AUGGACGCGAAUAGGCCGGAGAGCUCCAAGCCACUCUUUUUAAAACAUCACUGCUCUCUCACUCCUCCUAUAGGGUUCAAUAACUCAACUCAAGAAGAAGAAAUUGCCAUACAAAUGCACGGCGGGGACUGCGGCGGCGGAGCUCUGCUCUGCAGCGGGAAUGAAGUACUCCCGGCAACGGUGGCGGCGCCGUUGAUAAGAAAAGGACCAUGGUUAGUCGAGGAGGACGCCGUCCUCAUGGACUACGUCGCUAAGUACGGCCCGCACGACUGGAGCUCCAUUCGAUCCAAAGGUCUUCUUUUCCGCAGCGGCAAAUCCUGCCGCCUCCGCUAUGUCAACAAGCUUAAGCCUGGCUUGAAAUCUGGAUGCAAGUUUUCUGCGGAGGAGGAGCGAGUUGUGAUCGAUUUGCAGGCGAGGUUUGGGAACAAAUGGGCCCGAAUUUCGACUCAUCUUCCUGGUAGAACGGACAAUGAUGUCAAGAAUUUUUGGAGUAUUCGGCAGAAGAGAUUGGCUAAGCUCCUGCAAACUUCUUCUCCUGUUAGACCACUUAUUAAGCAGAGGAAGGCAAAUGGUAAUUCAGAUUAUUAUCCGUAUAAUGUUCCUCAAUACCCAAACAGUGAGCACAUGUAUGAACCCUAUUAUGAAGGUCCAGAUGCCAUGAAAAUGGUUGUGAUGCCCAAUAACCCUGAAGCAAAUCUUCCCCAGAUCGAGCCGGCCAUUAACGCUCAAGAGCCGUGCUUGCAGAGCAGCAGCCCACCUCCUCCAUCUCCAUUCGAUAACUUUCUCGACCUCCCUUUACUUUCAGAUGGAGAAGAUCUCAUCAUGCAGGAGUUAGGCGAAAUGAGCUUCCCUGAUCAGUUUGACUGUGUAGAGACCUCGUUGACUUUGUUUGACGAAUUUGAAGUUGAAGAUAGUGGCAUCAGGAGAGAGCAUUUGGGGACACCUGAAAGCUUCUUCGAUGAUUUUCCUGCUGCAUUAGAAAGAAUUGUUGUUGAUGCAUCUCUUUUCUUUUUCAAGGGUAAAAAUCCAUUUUUUAGCUGA